GUUACGUGUGCCGGAUACCACCGCCCGCGCUGCUGUGGACCCUUGAGGAGAGGCGGCGGGGAGUGGUGCCGGUGCUGCCGUGGGCUCCAGGGGCGGACGGGAGGCGACCGGAACCAUGUUGGGCAGCGGUGCCAGGGCGGCCAAGCCCUCCUUCGUCUCCUACAUCAGCCCGGAGGAAGUACACGUAAAGGAACCCAUAGAAAAAGAAGUAAAUCCUCACUUAUUACCAGGUGAACUGCUGCUUUGUGAGGCAAGCAUGGUAUAUAAAUACAUACAAGAAGACGGCUCAAACCGUGGCACCUAUGGGAAACUUGUGUGCACAAACUUCAAGAUUGCUUUCCUUGAUGAUUCUGCUUCAGAUGAUAAUGAGCUCCAAUUUAAGAAUAAGAUUGUAGGAGAAAAUGACAUAACCCUGCAAUGUGUAGAUCAAAUCUAUGGAGUUUAUGAUGAGAAAAAGAAACUUCUAACUGGACAACUGAGAAAAUACCCAGAGAAGUUAAUUAUCUACUGUAAAGACCUUAGGGUGUUUAAUUUCUGUCUGAGAUACACAAAAGAAGAGGAAGUGAAAAGAAUUGUCAGUGGUAUACUUCACCAUAGCCAGACUCCUAAGCUGCUUAAACGCUUGUUUCUGUUCUCUUAUGCGUCAGCUGCCCCAAAAAACACAGAUGGAAGAAACCAAACUGUAAUGUUUGAUACUCUUGAGGACUGGCGUGAUGAGUUGGAGCGGACCAAAGGGAAUGUGAAAUACAAAGUAGUGACUACCAAUGAAGGCUACAGAGUCUCUGAAAAGCUACCUUUGUAUUUUGUUGUUCCCAUAUGUGUUUCUGAAGAGAGUAUCUUGAAGUAUGAAGGCAGAGGCAUUCCUAUCUGGUGUUGGUCUUGCCAUAACGGUGCUGCUCUUCUCAAAAUGUCUGCAUUUCCCAAAGAACAGGAUGACAUCACUUCACAAACACAAAAAGCCUUCUUGGAUGGAAUCUAUAAGACAAUUAGCAAACCUCCCUAUGAACUCCUGAAGAUGGAUGACUUGUCAAGCAGCCUUCCCUCUCUGCAAGAUAUCCAGACAGCAUACACAAAAUUUAAACAACUGUUUUUGAUAGAUAACAGUACAGACUUCUGGGCAACUGAUGUGAAAUGGUUUUCGUUACUGGAGAGCACAAGCUGGCUAGAGAUAAUCAGGCGAGUUUUGAAGAAAGCAAUAGAAGUUGCUGAGUGUCUGGAAAGACAGCAGACAAAUGUUCUCCUUAUAGAAGAGAGUGCUACUGAUCUGUGCUGUGUAAUCUCUAGUCUGGUUCAAGUGAUGAUGGAUUCAUACAGCAGAACAAAGUCAGGGUUUCAGAGCCUUAUUCAGAAGGAGUGGGUAAUUGGAGGACAUGGCUUUUUGGAUCGCUGUAACCACUUACAUAAAAGUGACAAAGAGGAGGCUCCUGUUUUUCUGCUCCUGCUAAAUUGUGUUUGGCAGUUGGUACAACAGUAUCCUCCAGCAUUUGAGUUCACGGAAACUUACUUAACUGUCUUGUCAGACAGCCUCUAUGUGCCUAUUUUUAGCACUUUCUUUUUCAACUCGCAACAUCAAAAAGACACUAGUGCGAGUGGUGAAAGCCUCAAGACACAAAGCGGUCCUUUCAGAUUUCUUACUGUGUGGGACUGGUCUGUGCAGUUUGACCCUAAGGCCCAGGCUUUCCUGAACAACCCUUUUUAUGCAGAGAAGCCAAAACCGGAUAAAAGUCAACGGAAAACUGCACGAUUUAAACAUCAGCGACAACUUUCUUUGCCAUUAACACAAGCAAAACCUUCCAUGAAGAGAGGAUUUUUCAGGGAGGAAACGGAUCAUUUAAUAAAAAAUAUUCUGGGUAAAAGAAUUGGCAAGUUCAUAAAUUCUUCAGAUGAACUUCCUAAUAGUUUCAGGGAAUUUUAUGAUAGCUGGCAUAGCAAACCUGUUGACUAUCAUGGUCUUCUGUUACCUCGCAUCGAUGGCCCUGAAAUCAAAGUCUGGGCACAACGGUAUUUGAGAUGGAUUCCUGAAGCCCAGCUUCAUGGUGGUGGUACCAUAGCUACAACUGCCAAGAUUUUGGACUUGAUGGAGGAAGUGCAACGCUUGCAGGAGAAAAUGGAUGAAGAACGUAGUCAAGCUGUUUCUGGGGAUGUACAUUCUGUACCAACGCUGAGAAAUUCUGCCCGUCUGUCAUCCUUGUUUCCAUUUGCUUUGCUUCAGAGACAGUCUAUCAAACCAGCUCUACCCACCAGCACCUGGAAAGACUUGGAAGAUGAAGAUGACUUGGUCAAGAGGGACGAUGAAUUUGUUGAUCUAAGUAGUGAUAUGUCAUAAAGUGCUUAAAAAUUGAAACUAUGAAUUGUAUAUGGCUGAGCUGUAAAUUUUAAAUGUUGUGCUGUAUCUUCCUAUAAGGAACUCACUCAAGCAUCUGCAGCCUGGUUUGGGGGUUAAAAAAACAACUGGGUUGGAAAGAACUAAUUGCCAUAAUUAGAUGAGCAUAUUUUGAACUUCCAUUUUACUCCAGCAGUUAUUUAUUGCAGAAACACAUCAUUAGCAUAACUGUGAUAAAACCAGAAGUCUACGCUGAAGUAGCUGUAUGGCCACCUUGCUAAAAAAAAGAAUAAACAAACAAAACCCCCAUUAUUUUCUGAUGUAAAGGUGGAAUACUAAAUAUGUACAGCAACAAUCACUGUCUUAACAUAAAACAUCUUCCCCUUAUGGCAAGAGUACUAGGGCUGGAAGUACAGUGACUAGGAAAGCAAGUCAUCUGCAUUUCCCUUCAUGUAAAAUACAUGGGAAAGUGCAACUAAAUAUGCAUUCACAAAUAAAGUUUUUACAGCUGAGGUUUUUAUAUA